UGUAGUUACACAACUAAUAUAUAACUAUUGAAAGUGAUACUUGUAACAAAAAACACCCUCAACGUGGUUGAACAUGACAAUAUAUCUAUUAUAAUAUAUAAUAUAUAAAACAAACGUAAUGUUUUACGUAAAACUGCUAUAUGGUAUUCAUAUUUCAAUAAUGAUUAGAUAAGAUGCCGCGUCUAAAUGCAAUAUAUUUUUUCUUUCAUUUCAUUAUCAUUUAAAACAUCUGGUGUAUGAACGUUCGAUAUAGGUCAUGACAGACAAGGUUCAGGAGAAAACUAGCAAGAUAUAUGUAUCUGGUGAUAACAAACUACCAAGUCCCAGAAAGGAGGAUUACGUGCUUUUACUUAUCGACUUUCAGCAGUGUGAGGGGCGUUACUCUAUUCAUCAAUCUUCUUAGUAGUAACAUCCCCGGACAAUGCCCAACAAUAGCGACCCAAGCGUGUAAUCAUAACAUCAAUAAAAUCCCACCUACUGGGUGACAAGUUAUUUUAUUGAAAGUAAAUCCUUGAUAAUCAAUUUCUUUAUCGUGUUAGCUUCAGCCGUCAUGUCAUUCCUGACUACGGACAUUUCUUACAUUUCCACUGAAUGUGAGGUUUAUGUGUUACAUAUUUGUAAUUUUGAUUAACUUGAUUUUAGUGAAGUGCGAUAUUUCGCUAUUCUAGUAAAAAAAACCGUAUGUAGAUGGCACAGCAUACGUGCUUAAACGUGGCAUGCUUGUGUUACUGUGGGAGUUUUGAUUCGUACUGGAUGUCAUAUGUAUUACCACCAACGCUGGAGAAAGUGGUCAAUUCAGAUAGAGGAGACGACAACUGAAAUGUAAAGGACAAAAGAAGUGUAGGACGAUAGUCCUCUUAAUCCUUGGACAUCUUCACAAGCCAAAACAAUAAUAAUGGAAGAUCCCUUUCAGAGCAAACAUGGUUACCUCCCUUCGCUUUAUCGACAAGCUACUCAACAGCUUCCUAGCUCAAAACUCCGGGAUGAGAUCGACUCAACAAUGCUUAAAGUUCAGGAGGAAUAUCAGACACCAGCCGCCUCCACCAAAGAUGCUUUCUCAGCGUGUUUCAAACACAUCAUUCCUCACAUCAAGAACAACCAGUUCGGACUGGAGCUGAAGGAUAUGCCGAUAUACGCGGGGGAUAUAUCGGCUUGGAAGCCUUAUAAACCAGAAUGUCCUUGCUAUUUACUGACAAUGAAGGUCGGUAAAAUAACUGGGAAGGAACUAGAGCCGGGAUAUGUUGUAUUCCCAAUGCCGAAAAUAACACCAAAAAGUAUCAAAGUGUAUAACCUUGACGUAAGGUCAGAGGAUAAGCAACAUUUGUGUCCAAAGAAAAUGUAUCUUGCCUUAUUCCAAGUGUUAGAAACUGGACUAGAUAAAUUGCGAACAAUUGUCGAGAAAGAGAAAAUGAAAAGUCGACUCAGUCGACGGUCGGAUGUAAGUAUUAGACCUGAUGCAAGCCCAACGCGUCGAACAGAAUCGAAACGUAGUCGUAAAAAGUCAGACGCAAGUGCGGCGUACAAAUCAGACGACGAUCCCGACAACCAGCGGAAGGAUAUACCAAGUCGGACUAGUGUCCGCACCAACAUUAGCCGUCAGAAGUCAGAACGAUCUGCCAGUCGCUUGAGUAACAUGACCAAUCAAACUGCCACAACUACUACCAUUGACCCUCCGAACGGUACCACAAAUGGUGCUUCAAACGGAACCACCCAGGGAAUCCUCCCUCAGUUAACAAGUGAAAGCAUCCAUAGAGCGGAGAACAUGCGUACGAGAAAGCGAUCCGAUGCUAGUUUCAUAUCAGACAAAAGUCGUCCAAUGUCGGACCUGACUUUAUUACAAGUGCCCUUCUCACUAGAAUCGCGUUCAAGUCGACGAACAUCGACGACAUCAGAGCUUCGUCGACCCCCGUCGGAGGUAACCGUUAUACUAGUACCACAGCCAACAGAAGAGAAGAAGCCGGAUCCAGCAGCCAAACCUCCAAUAGACAAACCAAAGAAACAGCCUAAACCACUGGAAAUAAUAGAUGUUCCUGACAUCAGUUUAAUUGAGGAAGAAGAUAAUAGGUUUUUACUUAUGACACUCAAAAACGGAAACGAAAUAGAACUCAUACCGACUAUCACUGCCUCAAACGGAGGGGGUCCAUUUUUUGUGGCAAAACCGCAUGAGAAUGACGAAAAUGGCAAUUCAGACAUUCGAUGGAGGAUCAGUUUCGCGCCAAAUGAGGAAGUGAUUCUUAAAGCUAUAACCUCUGGUGACAAAAAUCAACGAUUGAUGGCAGCAAAGCUCGUCUCUAAUAUGUGUCAAAAGGAGUGGAAACUCCGCUCCAUCACGCCCUACCAUAUCAAAACAGUGCUCCUACACGACAUAGACUUUCAAGUUGACAAUACUCCACGUUGGCAACGGUUUUCAAUCGACGAAUGCGUGCGCAAUAUCCUUCUCAGGCUCCUCAGCUUCAUCCGGAGUAAAAAUCUGCCUCACUUCUUUGAAAACGAGUUCAAUCUCUGGGGACACAUUUCACCUCAACAGUUUUCUAUCAUGAAGAAUGCACUAGAAAGGAUAAUGAGGGACGAAAAGGAGAUCAUUCGUGUUCUGAAAAGAAUGAGGAUUCCUCCUACUAUUUAUUCAUGAAGAGCCAACAUACCUUCAUCACUGGAACUGUACGAAAUUCUAUAUACAAUGUGACAAAAUUCUAAAUGGAAGUGUUUCGUGUCAAGCGAGAUGCAUGUUGCAAGGAUUUUAAUGUUUUUCCUUUGAGAGAAUAUCUACCUGAGAUAAAUGGGCUUCCGGUUGCCAUUUUCUUAUCAUCCAAAACAUGAUAAUCAUUUAAAUCAGAGAAAAAUCUUCGGGCAGGAUGAAUGUUGCACUAUCAUACGAACUUUGUCUCCUUUAGUUAGUAUGUUGCCUGUGAGUAUAAAUAGGGGUGAUAUGAGUAUCUCUUAGCAUGUGUGACAUUACGAAAUUUGAAUAAUAGAAAUGUAAGAAAAAGAGAGACAAAUCCUUUUGCUAUACAUAGAUAUAAAAAAAUCCAAUAUUUGUAUUUUGACAGGGAUGUAAAUUGUAGGAGUUUAAUGUCCUGUUGUAUGAUAUCUAUUAUUUAUAAUAUAAGUAAACAUGUUAUAAUCAUCGAACGCAUCGGGUAUGGCUUUCUAUAUGUCUAUAACGUUCUAAUCAUAUCGCCAAAUUACAUUUUGUUUGCUAAAUUAACACAUAACACAAUCAUCCGUUAGAUUUGUGGGCUAAGGGGCGUAUGUCUUGUAGUUGUUUUAUGGGUCAUUUCUUAAGAAAAUUGUGUAUUGAAAGACAAAACAAUAUCAUAAAAUUAUAGGAUAUUUUUUAUAUUUUCUGAAAUGAUCGAUUACGAUAUAACUUCUUAUUGUACGCAGACGAAUAUUAUGUUCCCACCCUCGACAUUCGAAAACAAAUUUAACAUAAAUCUUGUCUGUCGUGUAAUGUAUUUAUUCAAUGUCAUUGAUAUUUUUGACAUAGAUGAAAAACAUCAUUGUGAUAUCAUUAGUAAAUGGUGUCAAACGUAUGCCAUAGUGUAAUUAUGGAAGUCAUUAUCAAAGUAAAUUAUCAAAUAAUCCUGACUAAUAUGAUGAAUUCAAUAUGACAUGGACAGGCACAUAUGUUACAUGUAUUUAAAUCAACAGAAGUGUAGCAUUUAAGUAUUACAUUGAACGUAUAUGACAACUUGAUAGUAGUUUUGACAAAAUAUAUGAUACUUACACUUUACAGAAAUAGACAUGUAUAAAUAAGAUACAGAAAAAAACAUAUAUAACAAUGCACAAUAAUAUGUUUAUACUAUAUUUACAUUGCUCAUCAAAAUGAGUCAUUUGUGGAUUUCUUAGCCGUGAAUAUUUAUAAACAUAUACAAUGUUUAUAUAUUUUUAUGUACAAAUAUGAAAAACGAACUAUUAAUUACAUCACAAGUAAUAAAGUUUCCGUUGAUUUA